AUGAUAGCCUUAGGCUUCAUCUUGAUGUUCCUACCCGCCAUCUUCGUGGGGUUACGCGUCUGGGCUCGGCGCCUCUGUGGCGCUCGAAUGGGCUCGGACGACUACACUAUCUUCGCCGCCUUGUUAUUCUGCACCGCAGUCUGUAUCUGUCAACUGAUCGGAGCCAUCGAUGGACAACUGGGCCAAACCCAGGCAACCUAUCCCAAUGGGGAGCCCAUCCUGGACGACCCACGGUUUCUAACCUACGAACGGGCCAAAUUCGCGCUGCAUAUGCUAUCCGUGAUGGGCGUGGGGCUCAGUAAAGCGUCGGUGAUCCUGCUGUAUAUGCGCAUCUUCCACACACGGACGUUCCGGCGGGUGUGCCAGGGGUUCCUGGGCCUGGUCAUUGCGUGGACGGCGGUGAUGUUCUUCGUGUGCCUGUUCCAGUGCUACCCGGUGACGGCGCUGGUGGAGGGUUUCUACGGCAACAAGUGCAUCAACACAAUGGUGUUCUACAACGGGCUGAGCGGGUCGGACAUGGUGCUGGACGUGUGCGUGCUGCUGCUGCCAAUCCCGAUGGUGCUGCGCGUCAAGCUGGAGGCGCGACAGAAGGCAGCGGUGCUGGGGAUGUUCCUGCUGGGCGCGCUGGCCGUCGCCUCCAGCAUCGCUCGCCUGGCCGCCUUCAUCGAGUGCGAGCGCGUCCUCCUCACCCACUACAACAACGAGACCUACUACACCUCCGGCGUCUUCAUCUGGACCGUCGUCGAGCUGGCCCUCGCCAUCAUCAGCGCCUGUCUGCCCACCCUGCGCCCGCUCUUCUUC